CGUUCCUUCUUUUCGUUGUCGUGUUUUUCAUUGUGAAAAUUGCAGUUAUUAUAAUAAAUCUUUGCUUUUUGUAUGCAAUUAAGCACUAACUUGAAGUGGAGAUUACUACACGAAGUCAAGUAAAAGUGUUUGAAACCGGAGUAUGAGUCGAUGAAAUUGUGAAUGAGAGGGUCGUGAUCAUGGUACAAAGGAAAACAAAAGAAGGGCAAAAGUGAUAACUCGUGUGAAAUGUUUUUGAAGACAUGGAAAAUUUGAAAAUAAGUGAUAACCUAUUCGCGAAUAUACGCUAUUUCGUAGAUGGAAAUUUAGAUGAAGAGAUUGAAAAAUUACUUAAAAAUGGGGGCGCGCAAUCGAAACGGUUUCUUUCGGACGUGGUCACACACUUGGUGUGUGCUCCCAACUACACCGAAGAAGAGCUGGCGAUGAGUCUGGAUCUUUAUAAUGUUAUACCAGUAACAGAACAAUGGAUCAUACAUAGUUCAAAGCUAGGGCGUUUGGCAUCAACAAAAGCUUUUGAUCCGAGCACGCAACGCAUUUUUAAGUCGCUAAAAUUUGCUGUUACAAAUUUAACUAAUGCGGACUUUAAACGCUUGUAUGCAAUACUCACUUUCCAUGGAGGUCAAGUUACUGCCAAAUUCGAACCAAAUACGACACAUCUUAUUUGCGGCAGUGUGGGAGGAAAUAUUUUCAAUAAUGCAGCCAGGAGCUCGGUAAACCUGGUCAGCCCAGAUUGGGUUGCCGAUUGUUUGAAACAAAGUAAAAUUCUGCCCUGCGAUGGUUAUCACCCUCGAAUGCUUAAACCUGUAGAUAGACCCAAAGCUGUACCAAAACUGACUAGCAUUUCGACAGCAGUCAGCCAUGCGUCUGCAUCAAGCAUAGAAACUUUGGCUUUAACAUCGAUCGCAGCUUCCAGCUCAAUAACCUGCACUGCCGUUGACUCCGUAGAGCAAACUCUGUCUACAAUUCUUGGAUUUGAUGAUGAUGAUGAUGAUAUGGGUGGCAUUGUUAGCAGCAUAGACAAUACACUUGGAAGUACAGUGGAUGAUGCCGAUGCUGCACAGAGCAUUGCCAAUAUAAAAUCACAAUUACAGGCAUCCUUACCACCACUGCCGCCUACACCCCCCGCAACCAACGCCAAUGUGGUUGAACAACCCGGUGUGGUUCAACAAACAGCGGCAAAUCAAAAAUGUGCUGGUUCUGUUCAAAUUGCUGAAGUAGUAACAAGCAGUAUUGUUAAUCCUCAGUCUCAACCACAAACCAUUCAACAGCCACAAACUCAUUUACAACACCAUCAGCAGCCUCAGGCGCACCCUCAGCAACAGCCUCAGCCGCACCCUCAGCAACAGCCUCAGCCGCAACCUCAACUACAACAGCAAAUCGUUUUUGUGCGUCCACGCAACAUUCAGCAACAGCAACAACAACAAAUUCAGCAAGCAAUUGGUGGUCCCCAACAACAGGUUGUACAGGCAAUGCAACCAUCACUGCCACCUCAACAAAUAAUUGUACAACAAAAGAUUGUACCAAACGUUGUAGCCCAGCAGCAAAUACAAAUGCAACAGCAGCAGCAUCAGGUAAAAACGGGCGCAGCUAAUAUUUUGCAACAGCAACGUAAUCUUAAGAGUCCACAACAUCACAUACAAAUCAUACAACAACAACAAAUGCCACAAACUCCUCGCACACCACAGCCACAACCACCAACACACCCCAAUCUUCCGCCACAGCCUCGAACAGCUCCCUCGACCCCGACAUCUACUGGCCCACCGCCGUUGCCAGACCCACGUACUUCUACCCCUACACCCACUGCUGUCGUUGGUAACAUCUCGCAACCACGUACUCCGCAAACACCGAGCGGACGGCAAACUCCAGCUGCUAGAACCCCUUCAACAACUCCACAAACCCCGAGUCAGUCUCCGCAACAUGUUUCUGCAAUCGCCAUGUCGCCACAGCCACAACAGCAUCCGCAACAACAGGUUGCUCAUCAGCAACAAACGGUACAAAUGACACCGCAAAUGUUGCACCAACACAUCUUGCAUCAACAAAACAUUCUCCAGCAACAACAACUGCAGCUGCAGCAGCAUAUACAAAAUGGACAAAGCUUGACGCCACAACAACAGGCCUUACAACGUCAAAUACAACAUCAGCAACAGCAAUUAAUACAACAGCAACAGAAACUUCAACAACAAUUGCAGCAGCAACAACAACAACAGCAAAUGCAGCAGCAGCAACAGCAACAACAACAAAUGCAGCUCCAGCGACAACAACAACAAAUGCAGCAGUCACCACGCCUGCAUCAAAAUUCACAAACACAAUCGCCUUCGUUGCAACAGCAGCAGCAACAACACGGCCCAGGAGGUGGAAACAUGAUGCCACCACUAUCCCCACGACAAUCGCCGGCGCUCCAAAUGACACCGCCACCACAUUCUCCUCAACCACAGCAGCAGCAACAGUUAGUGCAGCAACAACAAUUGCGUCAGCAAAUGCAAAAUCGUCAGCAGCAGCAGCAACGCCAACAGCAACAAGGAGUAUUAGUCUCCACAAUGGGCUCCCCGCAACAUCAACCUCUAAUGUCACCACAGCAACAGCAACAACCCUUGCAACCUUUCCAACAGCCGCAGCGUGUGUUAUUACACCAACAACAACAAAGCCCCCAACACAGUUCUGCACCUCAGUCGCCGCAAAUGCCGCAGCCCACGACACCGACACAGCAAAGUAAGCAGCAAAUGCUCCAGCAUAUGAAACCCAUCGAUCCCACUGAUCCCGUACAAGUGGCUCAGGUGCUCAGCCGUUCGGCGCCGAGUCCAAAUCACGAAUCACUUAUAAUGCGGCAACAGCAUUUGAAGCAGCAGCAAGCAUUGCAGCAACAACAAGCAUUGCAACAGCAGCAACAAGCGCUACAGCAACAACAGCUUCAGCAGCAGCAACAACAACAACAACAGUUGCAGCAGCAACAACAGCAACAGUUGCAACAACAACAACAGUUACAACAACAACAGCAGCAGCAAAACUUGCAACCACAGCAACAGUCUCCAGCUGCUAGACAAUCGCCUUUGCAGCAGGCUCAAGUACAGCAACAGAUCGUCAUCAAUCCGGGCAACCAACAGCAGCAAAUCAUUGCCCAGCGACAUGUCAUCAACACGUCGACAGUACAGGGGCAACAGCUAAUUCAAAGUCAUAUGAUGAAUAUUCAGCAGCAACAGGCGCAGCAACAACAACAAGCACAACAAAAACAGCAGCAGUUAAUGACAAUACAACAACAGCAGCAACAACAGCUGCUUGUACAGCAGCAGCAGCAAAAACCAUCUGGUAUGGUCGUCGGUGGGACACCACAGCCGCAGCAGCAGCAAUCACAACAACCAUCUGGUAUGGUAGUCGGUGGGACACCUCAGCCGCAGCAGCAGCAAUCACAACAAUCUCCACAGCAAUCGGCGCCAACAAUGCAGUUUAGUCAGCCACAGCAAAUGACUAUGUCAGGAGGCCAAGUUUGCAUCAUCCAGCAGACCCUGCAGCCACAGCAACAGCAGCAACAACCACAACAACAAAUUAUUCAGCAGCAGCAAGUGCAAGGCAUUUCCACAAACUAUCAACAGCAAAUAGUUAGUCCUAACUUACAGCAAUCGCCACAGCAACAGCAACAGCAACAUCAACCUCAAAUAAUAAGCCAGCAAAUUCAAAUUCCCCAACAGCAACAACAAGUUAGCGUCGGUGGCGCCCCGACACAAAUAGCGCUUUCGAACAAAUCGAAAAUAAUCAUAAGCCAACAACAAUUUCAGCAACUCAGUGUGCAACAACAGCAACAAAUAUUGGCACAAAAUCAACAUAAUCAGAACCUUGUCAUCGUUAAUCAGACGAAUUUGACUGCGCAACAACAACAACAGCAGCAGCAACAGCAACCGCAACCUCAAAUAGUCCAACAAAUUAUACAACAUCCUAUGCAACAAUCACCACAACAACAACAACAGCAGCAAAUUCAAAUACAGCAGUCUCCUCAGCAGCAACAGCAACAAUUGCAGCAAGUAGCCCAAAGUCCAACGCAAGUGCACAAGCAUCCGCAGCAACCGCCACCAAUGUACACGCAGCGCCAACAAUCUUUGGAGUUGGCCGAAGGCGGCGCAGGCAUGUUGCAACAACCACAACAGCAAGUGCAACAUGCACAGCAGUCUCCUCAAAUGAUAACACAAACACAAGUUUUACUUAAUCCACAACAACAACAACAACAGCAGCAGCAACAACGUAUUCAGUUGCAGCAACAGCACCAGCAACAACAAAAUGCGAACAUAACCCAACAGCCACAGCAAAUCGUGAUUAACCAACAAAUCAUAAAUAAUCCACAGCGCUUGCAAUAUAUACAACAACAACAAUUGCAGCUACAGCAACGCAAAACCGCACCAAAUUCAAUAAUUGUGGGUCAACAGCAAAUGCAACAAUCGCCACAGCAACAACAGAUCAUCAUACAACAGCAAGCUGUGCCGGCACAGGCAACACAACAACAGCAGCCGCAGCAAAUAACACAGCAGACACAGCAACAACAAAUGAUGGCCAUACCGCCUGGCAGCAAUAUGCAAAACCAACUUAUAUUGCAACAACAAAAGCCGAUUGUGCAACAGCAGCAUUCGAUUGAUGGCCAACAACAGCAACAACAACAACAACAACAACAACAGAUCAUAUUGCAGCAACAACCCAUACAGCAAACGGUUGUUAUUCAACAGCAGCAGUUAUCUCAACAGCAGCAGCAACAACAACAACAACUUAUUGCAGCGGCUCGAUCGCCACAACACCAACAACAAGGGCAGCAACAGCAAUUGAUUAUCCAACAAGGUUCACCGCAACAACAACAAGCGCAGCAACAGCCACAACAACAGCUCUGGUCCCCACAACAACAGCAACAACAGAGUCCAGCGGCAAUUCAACAGCAAUCUCCGCAACCGGGCACUCCGGUGGUGGUAAGCGGCACGCAAGUUAUUGCAAGCAAUCCUCAAAUGAGCAACCUACAGGCGCCACAACAAUUCAUACGUGCCGUACGCCCCGGGCAGUGGCAACAGCCCGGCAUGCCUCCGGGCACCGUCCCGUUACAAGGCCAACCCCAGCGCCAAGUCAUACAAGUCGACGAUAAGACACACGCCCACCUUAUGACACUAGAUCCCGUGAAGAAGAUGGAGUAUAUAGCCAAGUUACAGCAGCAAAAUCAAAAGCGAUUGAUGAUCCGUCAACAAAUACCCUUUCAGCCGCGACCCGGCGCUCCCAAUGUGGUGGCCACUGCCUUGGGUACAACAAUUCAACGUCCAGCGGGCGCACCUACACCCGGUACACCACAUAUCAUUGUGCAAAGUCAAAUGCCUGCUGGCCUAACGCAACAACAACAAAUCCAAUGGCUGCAACAACAAGGUGCACGACAAGUUGUUGUGCGAACAGGUGCUGCGCCCGGCUUAAGUCCGAUCACUCAGCAUCAACAACCAGUUAUUGUUGGUGGCCAACAGCAACAGGUAUCGACUGCAACUGCCACCCAAUAUAAUCCCAAUGAUCCCAAUCAACAAAUGUUAUUACAGAGGCAGUUACGCGUGCAACAGGUACAGCUGCAACAGCAACAAUUGACGCCACAAAAGCAAUCACAACAGCAGCAGCCCGGCCUGCAAGUAGUUAGCGCAGGUGCCAACGCCAUCGGCGGGGAACAGCAGUCGCCAACACCCGGCGCGCCAACUACGCCUGCAGGCAAUGUAAUGAGUACGUUGGUGCCAAGAACUAUGGUAAUGGGAUCAGUCGACGCACAACAGCAGCAGCAAAUAGUCAACUCACAGCAACAACAACAGCAAGUUUUGCAACAGACUCAGCAACAGCAAAUGAAUUUGAAAACGAAAACAGCGCUUGCCAACAUGUUGAAUAGUCGCUUGGGCAACAACAAUGGUGGCACGAUUCAGAUACAACAGCAACAGGCAAUGGUGGUAGCGCCGAGUGGCACACCGGCGACAGAUCAGUCACUGCAGCAACAACAGCAUUCGCAUCAAAUAAUACAACACCAGGUGGUAGUCGCCGGCAACACACCCCAGUCCGGAGGAGUCAUACUACAGCAGCAACAACAGCAGCCGCAGCAACAGCAGCAACAAAUCGGACCAGGCGGUGUUGUACUGGAACAGCAGGACACUGCAGCGGCCCGGUUACGCUUGAUGACGCAGCAACAUAAUGCGGCGCUGCAGCAGCCGGGUGCGCCGCCACACAUACAACAGGGCUCGCAACUGUUGCAGGGCGUUGUAGCGUCGGCAUCGCCUCGCACACCACAAGAAAUCAUGAUGCUUCAGCAACAACAGCAGCAACAGCUACAACUGCGCCGUUCGGGCGCCGUGUUGCAAACACAGCUUACCUCGGGUACCCACGUUGUAACUGCGGGCACCGGCCAACAACAAAUAGUUGUAGCCGGCCCUCAGCAGCACCAACAGUUAGGUAUUGCGGGCGGUGUGCAACAACAAAUUGCGACUGCUCAAGUUGCGCAGGGUCAGGCAACGCAAGCGCCUCAGGGCAUUAUGACACCAGCUGGCUUCAUACAAGGUCGCCCCAAUAUGCCGUUGCCGCCGCGACCGCAAUUCUAUGGACACAAUCCGAACCUCAAGUUACCGCCUGACCUCUUUCUCGUCGGCUGUACCUUUUACAUUGUAGAAUACGAUGAAACCGACGCCGAUGAAUUGCCCAUCUGGAUGGAGACUAUACGUCAAUUCGGCGGCGAUAUUGAACGAGUCUACUGCCAACGCGUUACGCAUGUACUCUGUCGCACCCAACGUCACGGUGUAGUAAUGCAAGCAUUGCGUGACUCGAAGCGUUGCAUAACUGCUUACUGGCUAAGCGAUAUCUGCUUCAAAAAACAGCUGCUGCCACCAUGGCAGGCCCUGCAUUUACCAUUCCCCAGCCAAUUCGGUUACCAAAAGCCACUGGAAAGGCAUAUAAUUUCAACGUACGGUUUUGAGGGCGAGGAAAGUUUCCGUGUUAAGCAGAUGGUAGAGGAGUGUGGUGCAAUAUACACAUCGUACUUGUCGAAACACAACACUGUGCUAAUAUGUAAAAAGCCAGAAGGCGAUAAGUACAUUGCUGCCAAGGAAUGGAAUAUACCGGUUGUCAAUGCCGUUUGGUUGGCGGACAUUUGUAUUGGCAAUCUGAGCGGCAUGUCGCAGUACGAGAAUCAGAAGUAUCAGCAAUAUUCGUUAUCUGCGCCAUUUAGGAUCGACUAUCCGCUCGUGCCACAUUUGAUGGCCGCUUGGAAGGCGCCUAUAAACCUUACACAGGAAGCACAUGAGCGUGUCAAGCGCUCACUAGCCGAUCCAUUUUCCGAGCAAAAGGCUAAGCGUCAAAAGAUCUCACCCUAUCAGGAGGAAAUACCAGAGAACAUAGUAUGUGUUGAGUAUCCACAAAACGACAAGCCGCCAAAGGUGAUAUUUUCGCAAGUGGCCGAUCCGGAAUCGCUGAAGAAAGCCGUGCUCACUCUUGGUGGCAUCGUUGUGGACAAUCCAGAGGACGCAACUUUUUUGGUUAUGACACGCGAGAGUCGCACAUGCAAACUCAUACAAGCCGUUUGUCAUGUAGAUUAUGUACUCAAAUCGAGUUGGUUGGUGGAGAGCGCCAAAUCGGGCCGUUUCCUACUGCCCGAACCCUACAAAAUACAAUACAUACCUGUCGAUGAAAAUUUAAAGUUCCACCUCGAUACCGUACUGCGUUCGAGCGUCCGUAAUAGUCUCUUUGCUGGCAAACAUUUCUUCGUAACACCCGAUGUUUUUCCUUCGCGCACCGAAAUCGUACGCAUGAUUGAGUCGUCUGGCGGCAAAGUGGAGGCAAAACGUCGUACCGUACAAGCCAUUGCUGAGACACAUACACAAUCGCCAGAGUCGUAUAUAAUUGUGACGUGCCCAAAUGAUAUGCAUUUGUGUGUAGAUUUGACGCGUCAAGGUAAUCCAAAGUGUCCCAUAGUGUCGACGGAGUUUGUAAUGAGUUCGAUAUUAAAACAAAAAUUGGAAAUCGAACCGAAUUUAAUAACCUACUUGUAUAACAACAACUACUCUAGCACUAAGUCAAAAUAGUACAUUGUCAUAUACCACUAAGGUGAGCAGCAUAUAAUUAUGUACAUGCGUUAAUGCAAUACAAGUUUACACAUAAAAAUGAUACGUAGUAAGAAAAAAAAAAUUAAGAUCAUUUAAAUGUAGAUACAUAAAUUUAGAUAUGGAUAUUUAAGAAAAAAGAGACAAAGAUUUAUCUUAUACCAUAUUUCCUUAAUAUAAACAUUUUGCACAAGUUUGUACAGUUAUUCGUAGUAUGAAAAUCCAAAAUUUUCGGCGUAACAUAAGAAUUUAAGAAUACAUCGUACAUACAUAUGUCUGCAUACAUAUUGUUACAUAUGUACAUAUGUACAUACGUAUAUUAAGUUAAAAGAAGCAAAUAACCCAUUGGGUUUAAAUCCAUUAAGUAAAUAUGCAAUGGCAUACAUGUUAUGCAAAACUUUAAACCAAAAUAAUUUGUAGAAUAUCGAAGAGAUUAAAUUAAGUUACUCCACUAUCAGUAAUUUAUUAUAAUUUUAAAAUAUUUUCUUUUCUUAAGCAAAAAAAAAACAUCACUUAAUGUAUACGACUAUUACUUCGGAAGCGAUCAGCAAUAUGUAUACUGCAUACAUUUCGAGCCCUAACCGCCAAAAAAUGGGAGCGAAAUUGCAUUUAAAGUUUUAUUUUUGAUGCAGAAAUACAUCUA